ACGUCUGUUUAAGGGUUGGAGUUGAAAACGGAACCGAUGAACCGGAACUAGAAGGAUGGCUCGUCAUUCGCGAUUAUCUGUUUUUUCCCAUUUUUGUGGUUUUUGUGUUUGGUUGGGUUGCUUGAUAUGGUUUUUCAGUGUUCCUGUCAAAGUUGAUUGUAUUUCUUUGUAGCCAUAGCGAUAGAACGCAUAAAAAACUCGUACGAUAUAAUAAAUUAUCUGUAACCACCAAUAUAGCAGCAAAGCCACAAUGACUUGUCAUUUUGAGACGAGUAAUGCACCGAUAAUAGCAACAGCCGGAAACUUUAACACGCAAAAGGAAAACUGUCCGUAGCAUUUGACGAAGAAAGUGAACGCCUCUGGUACUGAAUUAAAUGAGAAAAUGCCUCACCAUCACCAAAGGAAAAUCGAAAACUAUUCAAAGAUGGCUGAGCCAACGCGUGCAGUUGACGACAUGUUACAGUCUGAGCCUACGCCUGAUUGGCGUAAAGGAAGGAAACAUUGGGGAAUAGCUUGGGAGUUACACUGGAUUGGAUUUGGUCUUGCAUUUAGUAUCUUGGCAGUUUUUUCUCUCUUUUCCUUGAUCCAAGCCAGAAAGAAAAGAGGAUUUGGACGAAAGCCCUUCGUGAUCGCUGUGAACUCCCUGUUGUUGUUUUUCGGUGUCACGCGGGCUUCUUACCUUUUGAUAGAUCCCUAUGGAUCACAGCAGAAUGGUAUCGAGGUUCCAUCAUGGUUUUUACAAUUCCUUUUUAACAUCGCUUACCCUUGCCUGACCUCGUCUUUCAGUUUGAUCUUUUUGGCUUUUCUUGAAGUUUCAAAAUUGCAGUUGGUGCCGAACAAGUUACAGAAUAUUUACUUACUCGGUUCAAUCAUAACGUUUCAAUUUGCCUUAGUCCUUGCUGGAGAUAUUGCCUCGGCACUGGACGCCGAUAUUAUCAUUUUAUUACUCAUUUGCCAAGUUUUUAUUAUUGUUUGGGGAUUUCUUCUUUCCGCCAGCUUUAUCUACAGUGGGUUCAAAGUUAUACAUCAAGUGAGAAAUGUCGAGAAACGCCUGCAACUACAGAACAGAGCGAAUACGUCCAAAGUUGCAAAAGUCACAAUUGGUACAAGCAUCUUAGGAAUCGCGAGCAGCAUUUUACAAUUAUAUUCGCUGGUCAGUGUUUACAAAUUCUAUGCUAAGAUUCAGGAGCCUGAUGCGUGGAUGUGGUGGACGUUUCAAACCUGUGCUCGCCUUGCUGAAAUUGCCAUGGCCUGCACACUCACAUACAGUGUAAGAAGACCUUCCGAAAAUAAACGCUCCGCCAGUGUCAGAAGAAAACUUACAGUGACAGAAACAGUGUGACGAGAUAGAAAAGGAAUGGUAAGGACGCCAGAACUCUUUGAGAAGCAAGCUUACAUGUAAUCCACAAGAUGUGGGAUUUAUUUGGAAAGAUUUACCUUUUCCAAGGAAAGCUCAAAGUGAAUUAAAAGUCGUACCGAAGGAAACUGAAGUGCGCUAGUGCUUUUCCGAAGAUAUAUUAUUCCCACGGAUCUACCGAACCGU